AUGAUUACAUUUAAAGACAUAUUUGGUGAAAGCGUCGCUGAAAGUCUAUGGAAGUUCCUUUCUGACUCGAGACCAGAUGAUGCUAAAUUAAGUUUUCAAGAGUUCUCUCGUCAUGCAGCCAGUUUAAUGGGGACGUCUACAGAUGUUUACGUUGUAGUAUUUCAACCUCUGCUUCAUCUCAUAAGAGUGUGCUCGGAAGCUGCUGGAGCGGGAGCUGUGAGUGGUGAUGAGCAAUUUCUUGCAAAUCUUGCUAAGGAGAUGGUGAGUAUCUUUACAGAAGAGAAUACCGGAAAAUUUUAUGUUGUUAGUUUCAAAACCAUUUUUCUUAAAUUCUGUUUGUAGUU